GCAGCUUCACACAUCACACCUAAAUUUUCCGACGCUCAUCUCUGCAAUUCGCUCGUCCCCAUACCUGCUCGCUGGUCUUCAUUUUAUUAACACCACAGACAAGGCAUGGACGUUAAGAUGCCGAUCAGCUCAUCAGAUUACGCAUCAUCUGCUCGUCAGUUGUGGGCGCCGCGAGGCUAUCGAAGACCGUUCAGGGGGCGCUUACUGCGAUCUCUGUGAGAUCUAAGCCAGGACAUUCAAUAGCGGGAUCUUUAUAUCUGUAUGGUGUGCACAGGUGUCGAUCUUUGUGAGGCUUGUGAGGGAUGCCUUGUAAAACGGGGUAGGAGUGGAAGGGAUGGAAGGGAUGGAAGUGGUAUUGUGGUGAGGGUCAUGAGUGUAUUUGAUGCGCGAUCAAGGGGUGGAGAGGGGUGAAUGGGGUAUUUUGAGGUUUGGGGAGGACGGACAGGAAAGCGAUGUUACAGUGAGGAAAUUGUGUUUGGGGAAUGGCUGGUCGGGGCGCAAGAGAACUUGGUUGAGGUUUAAAAGAUGUAGUGAAGUAUUGAACUGGGAUCGAUUUAUCGGUGGAAAAUCGAUAUAUUGGAGAUUGACAAUCUGUAGAAUGACUAGUUUUGACUAGAUACAGGAGAGUGAUUCCAUAAAAAACAGAGGGAAUGGGUUCCCUAGCUAUAUUCCUGAUUUCCAGCCCACCAUGUGAUUUACCCCGCACUUACUUGGUGGUGGGAACGAUUUACCAAUCUGAUUCCUGAACGUACGUUUACGGAACGUAAUCGAAUAGCUAUACUAAUAAACGAUUAGUGUACUCGUAUGUAAGUAAUACCCAAUAAUCGGACGAACUAAAUUAGUGAUUAAACCUGGAGUGGAAGGAAUGGAUACUAGCCAAGCUAGCUAGUU